AUGUUCCUCUUCGCCCAAAAACACAAGACCCCCAUCAGCACCUACACCGACUCCUACCGGCCGCCGUGCACCAUGAAGAAGUCGAUUCAUGAGAAGGCCCCGCUGCAGCUAUGGAAAGAAAACAAAUUUGUGACCCAGGGAUUAGCAGUGCCCCAGGAGCAAAAUCCAGCAAGCCAAGGUCAGUCCGAGAAGCUGAUUAAGGCAGUGAUGCAGGAGUACCUGUACAGGAACGCCAUCGACCCCACCGCCUACUGGCCUGAGAAGUACUGGCUGACCAGGCCUGAAGAGAAGUACAACCCGAUUUUUGUCAAUGAGGACAAAUACAUCACCUGGAGAGCAGGUCCCUACAACAGCGCAGCCUGGAACAAGUACAGCACCUACCUCCCCCUCCCACCCAAGGAGAAGAGGAUGGAGACCUACCUGCACAGCAUACCCGUGCCAUACCCUCCGAAACCUGCCUGCCUCAACCAAUACGAGCGGGAGGUGGUUGCCGACAUGCUGCGCAGGCAGUCGCGGCUUUCGCCGCCAUCCCUGCAGCCCGUGUACACCAUGUCGGGGAGGAGACCCUUCCAGGGCUACUACAGCCCCUGCUCCGGGCGCCACUACUGCCUGCGAGGGAUGGACUACUACGUUGAUGGGGACCCUGCCAUCAGGAGGCAUCUCCAUACCCUAGCAGAGAGGACUGUAAGGAGCAUCCCCUGCUGCAAUUACAGCCCCACAGCGACGCUCUGUGCACCUUCACAUCACCUCCAGCCAUCAUACCCAUACUCGAGCCCUAGGUGGGACACGAGCCACUUCAAGAGGAUGGGAGGAGUCCAGCGAGGCAGCUACAUCAUCCACCCCGAGUUUUCCUCGGAAGCUUGUUCUGCACGGGAGUGCUGGUGAAGAGCAAAGGUGGGCUUUCAUUAAAACCACUUUGGGCAAACCACUCCUGUCAGCUCCUUUCUUACAGCCUUGGGAUGGUCUCUGGAGAGGGGAGAUGGGUUAAAAUCCAGCAGCUGCUGCCUUGGGGUACACUGGAACAGAUCUGGAGGGGCCGGUGCCCAAACCAAAGCAUGCGCGGAGAAGCUCUGGGAGCGCAGUGACUCCACCAGAAGGAGAAGCAGCAGCUGCCCAUACAGGGGUCUCGGAUGUGUUGUUUGCUGUCACCAAAGCACCCCCACAUGGCCACCAGUCCACUGGGACCCCCGGCACGGGGCUAAGCGAGGAGGGGGGAACUGCAAGGGGAGUGUCAGUAAUGACUG